AUGCCUGAUACCGUGAAAGCGCCCAAGAAGGGCUCCAAGAAGGCCGUGUCUAAGGCCACCAAGAGCGGCAAGAAGAGAAAGAGGAGCAGGAAGGAGAGCUACGCCAUCUACGUCUACAAAGUCCUGAAGCAGGUCCACCCCGACACUGGGAUUUCAUCCAAGGCCAUGGGCAUCAUGAACUCCUUCGUCAGUGACAUCUUUGAGCGUAUUGCUGGUGAGGCCUCCCGUCUGGCUCACUACAACAAGCGCUCCACCAUCACCUCCAGGGAGAUCCAGACUGCAGUCCGCCUGCUGCUUCCCGGAGAGCUGGCCAAGCACGCCGUGUCUGAGGGCACCAAGGCUGUCACCAAGUACACCAGCUCCAAGUAA